AUGGAGGUUCCAAAAUUUGCAAAUCUUCCUUCAAUCCCUGGACGUCCUACCCAUUGUUCAUGGGAUGUAUGGAACAGCAUUUAUCAACAAAAGACGGGCAAAGAAAGGGGAAAGGAUUGGAUUGGUACCCUCAACCAUCUAACACCUGAGGUGGUUGCUGCAGCGGCAAAGGAAAUACAGACUGGAGAUCGCGUUUCUCUCAACUGGCCUCUGGACGCUUAUACAUACGUCGGUUUUGCGAGAAAGAAACUUGAAUUCAAUAUUAUUGAUGGCAAGGAGAUUACCGGUGGGCGGUUCCUUGCCAAUGAUGACCAAAUCUCGUUCAACACACAGAUUAGCACUCAAUGGGAUGGCCUCUGCCAUUUUGGUCAUACAGGUACAUCUCUUUACUAUAACGGAGCAACUCACGAGGAAUGCCAGAGCGGCCGUCAGGGCAGACCAGGAUCAGUCCAUGAGUGGUCCAACGUCGGGGGUGUCUGCGGACGAGGUGUCUUGCUAGAUUAUUAUGCUUACGCCCAGAAUCAUGGCAUCAACUACAGCCCCGGAGACACGCAUGCUAUUUCAGUCUCUACACUGGAUAAGGUGGCAGCCUGGGAAGGCAUUGACUUCCGCCCCGGAGAUAUUCUACUGAUCCGUACCGGCUGGACAUCGUGGCACGACUCGUUGUCUGGUGAUGAAGCCCAAAAGACUGCGCUCACAAGAGACAAGCAUAAUAGUGCCGGGCUACUCGCAGCCGAGGAGACUGCUGAAUGGAUCUGGAAUCAACGGUUUGCUGCUGUAGCCGCAGACAACCCAGCUCUAGAGGCCUGGCCCCCAGCAGGCGAGAGUCAGCUCCUACACGAGUACCUACUUCCGACCCUUGGAUGCCCAAUUGGUGAACUUUGGGACUUGAAGAAGCUUUCUGCGGUGUGUGCGAAGAACAAGAGAUACACAUUCUUCCUUACUAGUGCACCACUGAAUGUGUCUGGGGCUAUUGCGACUCCUGCGAAUGCGAUAGCAAUUUUGUAA